GGAGCCAAUCGGCCACGACUCGGCCACAGUUUGCCCCGGAGGCGUACGUGCGUGCGCUCCCAAGACGGCAUCGCCACGACCGUUUCUUUGUUUCUAUACGGCACAUUGGAGCCGCGUCCGGUGAUGCAAUCGUGGAGCAGUAUUGGAAACCCCGGCUGAACGUCGGAUCCGCCUGAUCCGGCGUUUUGUGGAUGAACAUCUCAGCGACCCGACACCCCUUCCGAACACCUCCUGCGAAUGGUACUGCCGCAACACGGCGACCGCACACAAGUCGUUGUCCUCCGUAGGCCUCUUCCAACAGGGCCGGUCUUUGAGUGCAAACGUCUGUUGCCGCUGGGCGUGAGACCACAAAAUAAGAAAUUUCCUGCCAAAAUUGUGUCCCCCGUCGACAUCCUGGGACUGCCUCGUGCUUUACGCUGUGUAUAGUGUCGAAUAGCCAUGGAAUUCGAAGACGUGAUCGACAAGCUUGGAGGCUACGGCCGGUUCCAGCGGCUCCUCGUCUGGGUCUACCUGGCGCCGGCGUCCCUCCUGAUGCCGGGCUACUUCAUGAACCAGAUCUUCAUGCUCUCUGUACCCAAGCACUCGUGCGUGCUACCCGACCUGGCGCUCACGUUCAACUUUACGGACGCCCGCGAGCCGGAUAUACUUCGCAAGUUCCUUGUGACUGACGACGAAUGCAGCUUGUACGCCUUGGACUCCAUCAACGAGAGCCUGGCGCGCGGUCUCCUGUCGGCUGCGAGUGCCAGCGACACUGGCGCUAAUGUCACCCGUCUGCUUCAUGGUGUGGAGAAGAUGGCCUGCACGGAGUUCGCCUACGAUGACACCAACUAUGAAAGCACAGCUUCCACGCAAUGGGACUUGGUGUGUGAUCGAGCCCAUCUCCCGAGCCUCGUCUUCACGCUUGGAAGUGUUGGCAGCGCCAUAGGAACCGUCCUCUUAGGCACGUUAUCCGACAGAAUCGGCCGGAAGCCGGUGUUUCUCCUGACCGUGUUCAUCGCGACCGUGUUCGGACUCUCGUCCAUCCUGGUGACAAACUUCAUCGCCUUCGCCAUGCUGCGUUUCAUGAACGCCAGCGUCAUGCCGCAGAUAUUUCAAUUGCCCUACAUCAUUCUGCUGGAGCUUGUGGGUCCCGGGCAGCGUACCCUGAUGCUGGGUGUCUGCUGCAUCUCGUGGACCGUGGGCCUGUGCAUACUGCCGCUCAUCGCCUACCUGUCGCGCUCAUGGAUCCUGCUGGGCAUCAUCUGUUCAUCGUGCGCCAUACCGAACCUGUUCUAUUACAAACUCAUUCCCGAAUCACCACGGUGGCUUUUAUCCCAAAACAAAAUCAAGGACACAACGGCCAUUCUCAAGCGGAUCGCGAAAACCAAUGGCGUGGAAGUGCCGGAAGACCUCGCAUCGGAUCUCACGAAAGUACAAAGAAAGAUUGCCGAAGAGAAGGAAAUCGCAGCCUCCAGGACUUUCGACCUUUUCCUGAAACCUCGCAUCCGUAGGAACAUUCUCAUCAUCACAGUGAGCUGGGUGGCCAACAGUUGCGCCUACUACGGCUUGCACAUUAACGUAACCAACAUGAGCGGUAACGAGUUCCUGAACUUCUUCCUGCUGGGCCUGGUCGAGCUGCCGGCCUCGGUUGUGGGCUGGUGGACUAUGGAGUAUUUCGGCCGCCGAUGGAGCAACGUGGCGCUACAGCUACUCGUCAGCGUCGCCUGCUUAUCGUCCUGCUUCAUACCAACCGAGGCCGCGGUUGCCGGCGUCACAGCAUCUCUGGUGGCUAAGUUCGCGUGCGCUGCCUCCUUCAUGAUCAUGUACCAGCAGGCCGCCGAAGUGAUGCCCACGCCGCUGCGCGCAUUCGCGCUCGGCGCCUCUUCGGCCUUCUCCUCGGCGUUUAGCAUCUGCAUGCCCUACAUCAUAUACCUCGGCCGCUACGGCAACUGGAUUCCCUUCUUAUUUCUCGGUUUACUGGCGGCCGCCGCUGGCAUAUCGGCCGCGUGGCUCCCCGAAACCAACGGCUACGCGUUGUGUCAGACUAUUGAAGACGCCGAGGAGUUCGGCAAGGAUCAGCAGUUCUUCUCGCUCAACAGGUUGGAAGGCAAAAAGAAGGGCUACGACAACACCGCCCCCAAGGAAAAAGAAAUGGAGCCCAUGGCGAAGUCCUCAGACGUCAAAGCCUGAUCGCAUUUCAUCGUCACCACAGUUUCCUUUUCGUGCAAGGUCCACAAGCUGAGCUGUGUACCAUUGCACUUCGACUGGACAUUGCGACACAUCUGGUCAUCUGGCUAACAUCGACGCCUUCAUAAGCGCACAAUGCGGGACAUGCGCUAGCAUUUCGAUGACACCAUCGCAGCUUCAUAAAACAUAUAUAUAUAUUCUUUUA